CCCAACUAAGAUUGUUGCACUUGUGAAAACCGAAAACUGAAAGCCAAAAAUUGCGAAAAUGAAUCCUCUUUGAUUCAUACAUGAGCCUCAAAUUCAAUCCAACUUCGACGGAGUUUGAUUCCACUGAGAAUUUUGAAGCACCCUUUUUCAGUGGCUUUUCAAAUCCCUACUUUAAUGUUUCAUGGGUAAAUGAAAAUGAGAUAGAAAAAUUGUUACUUUCAGUUUCUCUGAAGCAAAUUGAUAGCUUAAACCCUUCUGGGUAGUAACAAUGCUUCCUGGGUUCGUUGCUGCCAGGAGAAAGAUAUCAACUUGGCCCCCUUUCUCUCAGAGAUUAAAACAAACAGAAAAUGAGAUUGUUCAAAUGUUUCGCUUGCCUGAUUCCCAAGAAGAAAACGAUGGUCUUCCCAUGAAAGGAGGGAGAGUACUAUUGAGGAGGGAUCCUAAUGCUAGAACAUUGGAUGAAAGAUUCAUUAGGAUUUUGAAAAUAUUUAAAUGGGGACCUGAUGCCGAAAAGGCAUUGGAAGUGCUGAAGCUUAAGCUUGAUAUUCGCUUGGUUCGCGAGGUUUUGAAGAUAGAUGUUGAGGUUAAUGUGAAGAUUCAGUUUUUUAAAUGGGCUGGGAAGAAACGGAAUUUUGAACACGAUUCAACGACUUAUAUGGCUUUGAUACGAUGCUUGGAUGAAAAUAGGUUGGUUGGUGAACUGUGGAGGACGAUACAAGAGAUGGUUAAGGGUCCGUGCGCAAUUGAUCCUUCUGAGUUGUCUGAAAUUGUGAAAAUAUUGGGUCGAGUUAAGAUGGUUAAUAAGGCAUUAUCUGUGUUUUAUCAGGUUAAGGGUCGCAAGUGCAGACCUACGUCGAGCACUUACAAUUCUGUCAUCUUGAUGCUGAUGCAAGAGGGGCAUCAUGAGAAAGUUCAUGAGCUGUAUAACGAAAUGUGCAGCGAGGGUUAUUGUUUCCCUGAUACAUUUACUUAUAGUGCACUAAUAUCAGUGUUUGCAAAGCUAAAUCGCGAUGAUUCUGCCGUUAGAUUAUUUGAUGAGAUGAAGGAAAAUGGAUUACAGCCUACAGAAAAAAUUUAUACAACUUUAAUGGGAAUAUACUUUAAGUUGGGUCGGGUUGAGGAAGCAUUGAACCUAGUCCACGAGAUGAGAAUGCGGCGGUGUGCCCCAACUGUCUUUACUUAUACGGAAUUGAUUAGGGGAUUGGGAAAAUCUGGGAGGGUUGAAGAUGCAUACGGAGUAUACAAGAGUAUGCUGAAAGAUGGUUGCAGACCGGAUGUUGUUCUGAUGAAUAAUUUGAUUAACAUUUUCGGUAGAUCAAAUCGCUUAAAAGAUGCUAUUGAGCUUUUCACUGAAAUGAAAUUACUUAAUUGCACACCUAAUGUCGUUACAUACAAUACCAUUAUCAAAUCAUUAUUUGAAGCCAAAGCUCCGCCUUCUGAGGCUUCUUCUUGGUUAGAGAGAAUGAAAAAAGAUGGAGUAGUUCCCAGCUCAUUUACAUAUUCAAUUCUCAUAGACGGUUUCUGCAAAACAAAUCGAGUUGAGAAAGCUUUGUUGCUUCUUGAGGAGAUGGAUGAAAAAGGCUUUCCACCUUGUCCUGCUGCAUACUGCAGCCUGAUCAAUAGCCUCGGUAAAGCUAAACGCUACGAGGCUGCAAACGAGCUGUUCCAGGAAUUGAAAGAGAACUGCGGAAGUUCGAGCGCUCGUGUGUAUGCUGUCAUGAUUAAACAUUUUGGAAAAUGUGGGCGACUCAAUGAAGCUAUCAGUCUUUUCAACGAGAUGAAAAAACUCGGAUGCGUCCCUGAUGUUUAUGCUUAUAAUGCUCUCAUGACAGGGAUGGUAAGGGCCGACAUGAUGGACGAAGCUUUUUCGUUGUUUAGAGCUAUGGAAGAAAAUGGUUGCACACCAGAUAUAAACUCACAUAAUAUCAUCCUAAAUGGCUUGGCUAGGACCGGUGGCCCGAAACGCGCUAUUGAAAUGUUCGAGAAAAUGAAGAAUUCUACUAUUAAGCCAGAUGCAGUUUCUUACAACACCGUUCUUGGCUGCUUCAGUCGUGCAGGUCUAUUUGAAGAGGCCGCAAAGCUUAUGAAAGAAAUGAAUUCAAUGGGAUUACAAUAUGAUCUAAUCACCUACUCUUCAAUACUUGAGGCUGUUGGUAAGGUUGACGAAGAUCGCAAUCUGGUAUAGUCAUGAGAACAACCUGGUAUCACUUUUUGAGUGGCUCUGGCAAUUAAAGGCCGAUUUUUCUGAAGUUCAAGGUAUAGGAACCAUUCAAGAAAACUUAAACUCUAUUUAAUUUGCAUGACUUAAAAAAAACCUCAUCCAUAAUCAAUCUCAAUCUGAGUUGAGAGAUUUCUGGUAUGUUUUAGAGCUUGUUUUCAUUUGGAGUGAGUAAUGAUACUUACGCGAAUGUCACAGACAUCCCUGUCCUUUUAUUGAUCAUUGAAGAACAAUUGAAUUUAAAUUCCACAUCUUUGUAUCGGAUCGAAAUUUGUACAAGUUUGACACAGACUCAUGUUCCUAUCGAUAUAAUAUUUCAUGUCUGCUUUACUCACUGAUAUAGAGCAGACUUAAGUCAUGGAACUGCGGUGCAUAUGUUCGAAGUGAACAAGUGAUAUACAACAUUUAUUCUGGCUUCUGAUCCAUGUCUAGCAGUCAUUAUAUAAAAGUUCAUUUGGACUAAUAUCAUGGUAUAAGCUCUGGCACAACUGUUUGCAAGAACUUAUCAAAAUAGCUUUCUGUUUAGUCUAUGUAUUCUUUUAAAUUUGUUUUCAUAAGCUUCUCUAAAUAGCUUGUUGUCAUAAGUUGUAUUUUUAACAUUUAUAAAUUAAGUUGUAUAUUCAAAUGACUCCUUACU